AUGUCAGAUUCAGGUGAACCUAAAACGCCUGCGGAAGAAUCUCAAGUUGUUGAGAUAGAAUCUAAGUCUCCAGAAGAAAUGACUAAAAACUCAAAGAAGAGAGCGCUUGAUCUUGCUGAAGAUUCGGACAACGAAAGCUGGUUAGAGAAUCAUAGGAGGAUCACAAAAAAGCCAACAAGGAGGAAUAUUGCAAGUGAUUAUGAGAAAACAGAGGAAGAAACACUCAAGGAAGAAGAAGAUGAUGAUGAUAACGAUGCAUUGCCUUUAACAUGCUCCAUUUGCAAUCAACCAUUCUUGAAUCCUGUUGUGACGAAAUGCCAACAUUACUUCUGCGAGACUUGUGGUUUUAAGCAUGAUAUGGAGAACGAUAAGUGUUUUGUGUGUAACCAGCCAACUCUUGGGGUUUACGACACAGCCAUGGAGAUCAAGGGAAAGAUAACUGAACAACGUGAGAAAGCCAAAGCUAUGGUGAAGGAGGUGUCAACAAUGGUGGAAAAGGCAUCGGCGAUGGUGGAUGAUGCAGGAGGAAUAGCGGAAAAGGCAGUGAAAUUGGUGGAGGAGGUUGAAACAAUGGUGAGAAACGCAGCGGAAAUGGCGACUAACGCGGGGAAAAUGGCGGCAGAGGCGGCUGAAAUGGUGCAAGAAGCGAAUGCCACAAUGGAAACGGCAAAAGCUGAUAUGGCUAAGGCGUUUGCAGUGAUGAAGACGGUUACGUGGGACGACGUUUAA